AAGGAACUCCUGCUGCCUAUUUUCGUGUUCCAAGAUAGAAAAAUCUCCUGGUACGAAUAAGCGUGAGAUCAUUUUUCUGAACCCAUCUUCGCCAGACAACGAACACGUCUCAACAUCAUGUCCGUUCUUCACGACGAAAUGAACCCACCAGCGCCAACCGCUGCUGCUAACGACGCCGAUGGGAAGAAGAACAAGUUUUCCGCCCAAGAUAAAACCUCCGGGAAUUAUGGGCAGCAGCUGCACGAGGACAACUUCGAUAGUGCGAAAGUGGUGAAGCGGUUAAAUAUGAGAACCACGAUUGUGUACGUGUCGAAAAAACCGAAGUACCUUGGUGGGGUCGCGUACCAUCUGAAAGAAGAGGACUGGGACUACAACCAGCACGGUGUCUGGACGGAUUUCGGCCACGGCGUGACCAGUUUCCCGAAGAAGGACAAGCCGGACCACACGAUCAGCGUUUUUGAUUUGCUGCAAGCGAUUGAAGAAGCCUGCAAGAAAUGCGAAGACAGCUUGGAGCAAGUGACCCAGCUCCACGACCAACCGGCGCUGCUGCAAACCGACCCGGAAUUUUCCAUCGAGGAUAUGCAUUGCAAAAGUAUCGUACUAGUAGAAAUUAAUAGCAUUACAAAUUUUUCCAGAAGGAAAAAUGGAACUUGUAAUGCUGAAUAAGCUA